CUUUCUUCGGUUCUGCUUCUUCUUCAGCAUCGAGAAACUACUUGUUGAGUGUCAGAAAGAGCUAUCACACAUUUCUACGCACGCACCGGAUUACCCACGUCAUCAAACCAGGCGGUCAUCCUAGAACAGUGCUUGCACGCUCAUAGCUUAAACCUGCAGCGAAAAUGCGCCAACUGAAGGGUAAGGUCAAGGAGACACGAAAGCAGAAGCAGGAGCGCAAGCUGGACAACUUAGAGAUACAGGCCAAGAUUCGCACCGUGGUGCUUCCAGCGGUUGGUGUGUUGGCGCUUCUUCUGGUGAUGUUCGUCUACAUGAAAACGCGACCCGCGGUUCUUGCAUGAUCGGAAAUGAUUGGAGUACUAGCCCUAAGUUGUAAAUUAAGAGCCACAUUUGUGGGGAGUGCAAUGCAAUUGUUGUUAACCGUGCACGCAUAUAGCUUUAAUUGUAAAAUAAAUAAAUUGUGUUUCGUCCAGCAA